AUGCCCACCUUUCCGGCGGCCACGCUCGGCACCGGUCAGGAGUUUUGCACCGAGCUGAAGGCGCCCGAGGGCGCGCUCUUCCUCAACACGGACCCCACCGCCAACCACGCCUCCUCCACGCCGUCCACGCCCUUCGACAACUACAGCCUGUUCAGCAACACGUUCUACCCGCCCACCCCGAUGAGUGCGGCCGUGAUGAACGGCGCGGGCAUGCCGCCGGGCAUGAGCAACGCCAUGAUGGACUCGCGGCGUGCGGCACAGGUGCAGAAUAGGUGUGUGGGGUACUGUAACGGAGGUUUCGGGGAUACUGUAACAAGGCUUGGAGUAGUGGGUUAAACUGUCGCAAAGUUUGAACUACUGUUGAAAAACAUUGGCCUGAUAAAGCCAGGCCCUUCCUGAGAUGUUGUAGGAGGUUACCGAGGCAUUUUAUCAUAUCAAGGCCUUUGUGGUUACUGUAACAAAGGUUUCUUGGGAUACUGUAACCAACUUUGAAUCAGUGUAAUAAACUGCGGUUUGAUAAAACAAGACCCUUUCUGAGACACUGUAGCAAGUUACAGGCCCAUUUCAACAAACCAAGACCCUAGUGGGUUACUGUAACAAAGGUUUCUUGGAUACUGUAACCAACUUUGAAUCAGUUUAAUAAACUGCGGUUCGAUAAAACAAGACCCUUUCUGAUAUACUUUAGCAACUUACAGGACCAUUUUAACAAACCAAGACCCUAGUGGGUUACUGUAACAAAAUUUUUUUUUUCAAAACUUCUUUUUGAGAUUUGUCGGGAUUUUGUGAUUUUUCAACAUUUCAUCUCCAAAUUUCCCCUUAAAACAUCUUGCCAUUAUAGAGUACAACCCACCCGCUACAUUUUCAAGUGGUAUAUAAGGUCAUUUGCGUGAGAUAUUCAAGAAAGUUUUCAUUUCUAAGCCAUUUUUUGAUGAUUUUGCUAAUUAAUAAUUGUUUUCAUUGUUUAAAAAUUGGAUGAAAGCUAAAAUACGAAAUAUCCCAUAAGGCGAGAGCUCUGUAAAGGCCUGUACGCCUUUGUCUCUGAAGAUUUGCGCUGUAAACACAAGACAUUUCCUUUUUUCUCCGAAAAUCUCGGCUCUAAUGCCCCUCAGUCCCUUUCUCUCAUUGGCUAUUUACGUUGCGCUCUAAAUGGCUUGAGGGGAUUUUGUGGGGCACUCGGAGAAGUUUUGGUUUACACUCGAAGCAGAUGAAUUGAUUAAUUGGGCAAACAGUCCUGCUCUCGGCCAAGGUAAUUGUCGGUUCUGUAGAGUUAAUUAAGUCCGUAUAUGGUGCUCGGAAGUUGCGCUAAUACUGUGACUGUCCUCGUUGUGUCGUUUAAUUGCUGGUUCUGGCUUCUAUCGACAUUUUUCAUCGAAAAAUUUGGAAAUUCCCUCAUUUUUCGACAAAACCUUAGAAUUUCAGCUAAUUUCUCUCAAAAUUCCCUUAGGGUUUUGUCGGCAUUGCCGCCGAAUCUACAGUAUACAAGUUGUAGUGCAGUUGAAAAUACAUUUCACCACGUUCUGACGCUUUUAACUACAAUUUUUUUCAAGAAUUUCGUCAAAAACGCCAAAAAUUGAGAGUUUCCAAGGAAAAAUUUGAAUUUUUCGCAAAUUUGCAAAAAAUCCCGCACUUCAACGGCACUCUCAGACAGUACGUGGCCUUUGGCGUCAAUGCACUUUUAGCGCCGCUCAAUAAAAUUGUAGUUUGUUCAGCGAGAGGCCGGCUUUUCGUUGCCGUGCGUAGGUCGUUUGAUGGCCCGAAAAGUAUGGUCCGCGUACGUGGAGUGUAAAGUCCCGCUGUUUGCAAGUCUGCCCUUAAAUGCGACACAUAAAGGGCUAACAUUUUUGCACUUCUCUCGGUUACAGCCCGCAUUUACAACGCAAAUUUGGGGGCUUCUAGUCUAAUGGGGCGGCUGGAGAUGUUUAAUGCACAAUAAUGUCAAUAAUUUUGUUUGCAGGGGCAAUUACCAAAUGCCAUUGGACACGACGUUCCCCUACAACCCGCUCUACCUGCUCGGCCAGAACAACGCGGGGCAGGGCAAUGUGCCAACGACGGUGGGGCUGAGUCGCAGCUCGCAGGCGCCCGGACAAGGCUCGCCCAACUUGAGCAACUCGUUGAUGAGGUUCAGGUAAGUUCUAGUCAAAAAUCUCUAUAUGCUAUUGUAGCCAGUUUCUCAUCCUUUCUUUUGAGCCAUUACACAUUGAUUGAGCUAUAACGGACGGCUUGAUACAACGAAUUUUUUGGAUAUAUCCCCGAAAAUUCCGAAUUUUAUAAAAAAUCUCAAAUUUUGCCGCUAGGGAUUUGUUGGCUAAAAGUCAUUUACAGUGUCUAAAAACAGAAAGUCUAUCCUUCAGAAUAAGGUAUAUAUCAUGGAUUUUGCUGCAGUCAAAUUUUUGGUAUAGCCGAAUUUUGGAGAUGCGUCAAAAAUCAAGAUCUUUUUCGUUUUUUACAAAAACGCUUCGCAAAAAAGCUGUGCUUUGCAAUUUUUUCCCACAAUACCCAAAAAAGCCCUCUGGCUAUCCGACAAUUUUUUCAAAUGUCCUAAAAUUCCCUCUAUCUUUCUCAAAACCCCACUUUCAGCAUGUUCGACAACCCCUUCAGCGGGAUGACGGAAGCCCAAAUGAAUCAGAUGAGCUUGAACUCCAACAUCAACUCCGGCCAGAACCUGAUCAACCUGGACGCUGGGUGCUCCAGCGGGCUGGGCAUGAAUCAACCGAUUGACGAGCAAAAGCUGUGCGCCGUCUGCAACGACCACGCAAUUUGUCAGCAUUACGGGGCGAGGACGUGCGAGGGAUGCAAGGGGUUCUUCAAGGUGAGGAUUUGAUCAUUUUCUGGAGAAUUUUCUUCGAUUUUAAGGUGGAAAAAAGUGUUUUAGGGCCUUGAAAAGCCAAAUUUCAAAAAUUAAAAAAAAAUUUUAAUUUUGCUUUCAUUUUGAAAAAUUUUAACAUUUUUGCAUAUUUUUGCGUUUGAAAAGGGAAAUUGAUUUUUUUUUUUUUCUGUAUGCAAAUCGUUUUUAAAUAUCUGCUAGACCGCAUUCUCAGCUCUUUGGGGACAUCUUAUACGAAUUUUUUGAAUUUUUUGAAUUUUAAUUUUAAUUUCCCCAAUUUUCAGCGAACCGUCCAAAAAAAGGCGCAGUACGUGUGCGCCGGCACGAAGAACUGCCCGAUCGACAAGCGCUACCGCAGUCGUUGCCAGUACUGUCGGUUUCAGAAGUGCCUGCAAGUGGGGAUGGUCCGUGAAGUGGUCAGAUACGGCUCGCUUCAAGGCCGGCGCGGCCGCCUCCCCUCCAAGGCCAAGUCCGUUCCCCAACCGGAUCAGGAGCUCUCGCCCGCCAUGAGUAUUUUGUCGAUGAUUCAGAAGGCGUACGACGCGCGGCCCGUCAACUCCAUGCAGCCGAUCAAGAAGCCGGCCGACUUUGAGCUGAUGGCGCAGCUGCUGGACCUGGAGUUCAGCUCGAUGCACUUGAGUCUGCAGAAAAUCCCGGACUUCUUGGACCUACAUCCGUUGGACAUUAAGAUUUUGGGCUACCGGAAUUUCUUCCCGUUCAUUGCGGCGAAAUACGCGAUGCGAAUGGCGAAUUCAGAGUGAGCUUAACAUUAAAAAAAAUAAAAAAAAAGAAAUGCUGACUUAUCAGUCUGUCGGGAAAAUAAUGUGGAUUUGUCGCAGCAAAAUUUCUAGUCGUAGGUAUCAAAUCUCCAGCCGUCGAAAAGGUAUGAUGGGAGAUUCCAAGGAUUCCAAUUAUUUUCCCGACAGACCAAUAUUGGGCCACAGCCACUCUUAUCAGUUUGUCGGGAAAAUAAUGAGCCCCCUGUCGCAUCGAAAAUCGCAUCAAAAAUGAACUGUCCUCGUGAGAAAAUCAAAUUUCUUUUCACUUCAGCGACGGGAUUGGCGCAGCAGAAUUGUGCUCAUUAUUUUCCCGACAGACUGAUAUACAUUUAUAUAUUCUCUCUCCGUCAAAAAAAGAGUUGUUUUAGAGACUCUUGGCCAUGAAAAUUUGGCCCAUAGUCUUUUCAAAACUGUAUUUUUUCAAAACAAUUCUUUGGCCAUUUUUUUCUAUUUUUGACUUUAAAAAAAUCAUUUUUUGAAGAACCCAUACCGUAUUUUACAAAAACAAUAUUCGUAUUUUAGAGUCCAAGACCAUGUCGUUUUCGAUUCGGGUGUCCAAUUGGCCAUCAACGAAAUGCCCGGCCCAUUCCAGACGUUUUUCCGAGCGGUUGCCGUCGUUUCGUCGCGAAUGCAAGCCAUCGUCGAAUGGGACAAAAGCAACAACUCUUUCACCUCAAUGCUGGUCCUGCAGUUCUUGAAACAUCAGAAGGGUAAGUCGGAAACUGUUUUUUUGAAAUUUAAACCAGAUUUUUUGGGAGAAAAUUAAUUGAAAAAUUUUUGCCAAAGAUCAAAAAAAUUUUUUUUUUCGAAAAUGUUUGCUAUAUAAAGGUUUGUUGUAGACUGACAAAAGUUUUUGGACCUUUUCUUAUAUAUCUAAUUACUUUUUUCUCAUCUUUUUGCACCUUAACCCACUUUACUUCAAGUUUUAAAUUUCAGCCAAUCAGCGACGAGCAACUUCGACUUCGCUGAUUGGCUCAAAUUCUAUUUUGGUUUUUUUGCGCGAAAAGCAGUAAAUCAGUGAGAAACAAAAAUCGAGUUCUACGUAUUUUACAAAAUCAGGCUUUAUCUCUAAAAAAUGUCAAAUUUUAGAUAGCGAUGAAGAGAAAACUUUGAUGAAUGGCGGCAUGGUCGACAAAUUGUACCAUACGAUUGUGAACGCGCUCAAGGAUCAUUGUUGUGGAGCGACGUCGCACAACUCGAGGCUACAAAAUAUCAUGACUCAGGUAAAUUUUUGAAAAUUGGAAAAAAAUUUGAAAGAUUGAAAAAAUUUAAAAAAAAAUUGAAAUAAAAAAAUGAAAAUUCAUAAAAAUUUUUUUGAAAAUUUGAAAAAAAAUGAAAUUUUGAAAAAAAAAUCAAAAUUCGAAAAAAAUUUUUUGAAAAUUUGAAAAAAAUGAAAUUUUGAAAAAAAAAUUGAAAAUUCGAAAAAAAAAAUUUUUUGAAAAAUUGAUAAAAUUUCAAAAAAAAUCCUUACAAAACAUCCCAUUCUAACCUCUCUCCAAUUUCCAGACCGACAGUAUGCUUCCAUUCCGCGCGUUGGGCUUCUUCUGUCUGCAGGAGAUGAACAAGAACACGCAGGUCAAGGCCCAAUUCAUGGAGAUGCAACAGGAGGGCCAACGGCUCGCGUUGCCCCCACCAAUGAUGGGCUCCAACCUGAACCUGUUCAUGCUGGGAUUUGAGCCGGAGAUCUUGCUGCAGCUGGGUCAAGUGUUGCCUCAGGCCGAGCCCGGGCCGUCGGAUAGUCUUUCCGGGAUUAAAAACGAGUUCCCCUACUGA